GUUCUCAGUAUAAAAGAUCUGAUUUCAAGUCAUUAGUAGUUAGAUUUUAAAUUCUUCUCACCUUUGAACAUUACCAUGAAGCUUCUUAUUCUGUGCUUGGCUCUUUGUGUCGUUGUUAUGGGCGAACGGUGUCACCAGGCAAAUGACUGCAGUGUAACACUGUGUUCAUCAGGCAGCAGUCUUGCUUGCAUACAUGAUGAAUGUACAUGUACAACACAGUCGGGAAAUGGAUGCACCACAGCUCAAGAUUGCCACCAGCAUUGCCAUAACAGAGAUGGCCACUGUGUUGACGGAAGUUGCCACUGUAGACAGGGUUAAACAUUAAAAGUUCAAAAUUAUAAAAGGCUUUAUUUUA